AGACCAGAGAGCACAGAAAGAGGCAGGAGACCAGGGCCAAGGCCCGCCGGUGCUUCUUCAUCUUCUCCUCCUUCUUCCCCCUGUCAGAAGGCGGCACAUCCUCCCGGCAGCCGCCACUGCCGAAGCCAAGAUGGAGGAGCCGGAGCAGGAGCGCGAGGAUGGGACCGAUAAUCCUAAAGGCUGUGGCGCUGGCUGAGCGGCUCCUCAGUGGCUCGCGUCCUGGCAGCCCUCUCCGAGGGCCCCACAGCCGCGCGGACAGGGGCGCUUCACAGGACUCCGGGGACCGCCGCUGCUGCGGCCGCCGGCUCGUCCACGCCCGCCUCCAGAAGCCGCCGCCGCCGCCACUGCCACCCCGUAUCCUCCCCGCCCGCCCGGGGCCUUGCUCCGUGAGACCAGCGACCAACGGCCGCCGCGUACUCGCCUCUCAACAGCCAAUCGCCGGCGGGGCCGCGACACCUCACACACCGCUGAGCUGGAAAGCGACGCGUCACCCACGUCCCGCGGCGCCCACACCCCCACCAGCCUCUGCGUAGGCCACGCCCCCUCCGACGCCGCAGGCGGAGAAGCCGGAGGCAGGAGACCACAAAACGCAGGAGCAGACGCCGUCGCGGCUCCGCCGCCCCAGGUCCCGCCCCCUUGCGGGCUAGCGUUCAAAAGAGCCCCGUGAUCGUUCGCAUUCCCCCUUACAGUGGUCCGCCCCUCGUCCCGUGCGCGCUGAGUCCGCGCAAGCGCCCUUGGGAGUUGUAGUUUGCCUUCCAGAACCCGUUUUCUUCUUUCCCUGUCCCUCCUAGAAUCCAUGGUUUUGUUGCGGAAGUCUGUAGUUUCGCUGCUCACCACGAGACUGAUCAGCUUUGGAAGUGUUGCACUCUUUUCCUCUUUUGAGCACAGUUCGUGGGAUGGCCUAGAAUGACGGGGUUGAGGGUUGCGAGGGAAGCUGUACUAAUAAAAUUUAAAGACCCUUUCCCUGUAUCAAUGGACUGCCCCAUCGAGCUAGAUGUUGAUUGGUAGAUAGAAAGGGGCGAGCCAAGAAUCUCUCAUCUGAUUGGUUGUAGCGGAAAACCUUUCGCUUUUUCUUUCCUUCAGCAAGAAUUUCGCCGCUGGCCGGGUUCCUCACUUGAAGAGUGUUUCGUUGGUUUUCGUUCUGUUGCUUUCGAACUUUGGGUUCUCUGCGAUGGAGUCGGAAGGGAGGAGUUGUCUCCGUUAGAGGAGCACCCACAGACGCUCCAAGUCCUGAGGUUCACCGAAAGUGGGGAAGGCAGUCGCUUACACUCACCUAAGAGCAAGAAGUGACCACUUCUCAAUACUAAGUAACGGGCAGCAUGCCCAUUCCAAGUCUUUACGCCGCUGAGGGGACGGAGGCUGCAAUGGUCUGUGCCUUGGAACAUGGCAUAAUGUUUAGUGUGAAAAAUGUUUAAAGGUGGUGUUACUUAUUGUUCAUGUGGCCGUAGGGAAAAAACCCUCAGUAAAAUGCCCACCUAACGCCUAAUUUUGAGCCGCGGAAUUUCCUUAUGAACCUUCUAAGUUGAAUUGUAUGUUAAUUGUAGUCCCAAAGAACUGAAUGAUUUCACCCACUCUGUAAUUCUUGGAUAUAAGUCAGUUUGAUGUUAGAGAAAUUAUACAAAGGGUGAUAAUUUUGGUUUUAAAGGUGUUCACCCUGAACUGCCUUUUCUGGCAGUAAUUAGGUAACAGUUCCACUUAUCUGCUGAUGCUACUCUUAAUAUAUGACAAUAAAAUCCUUUCAUCUCUCA